UCGUGAGCUCGACUUUCUCUUCGACUCGAAAUCAACCAGGCACGGCUCGACGAGCCCCUCCAUCCUCGUUUUCGAACUCGUCACCAAACACAUUUGCCCACUUACUUCUCGGAGAUACCGGAGGCUUCUUCUUCCAACCAUCCUCUUUCUCGAAUUUUAUCCCGGUUUUUUGUGAACUUUCACCUCCCGGUACUCGCAUCAUCCUUCAAGCUCGGUGGAUUGCCUCCCGGUUUUGUCUCAUUACCCUUAGGCUUAGUUUUCGACCCCUUCUUUUUUGGUUUCGAACCGCCUCCCUUUUCAACAUCAUUUUUUUCUACAAAACUAUUUCCAUUAGAAAAUUUAGAAUUAGGGUUAGGAUGUACCUCAUUGCCGAAGUCCUCCACGAACGAGCAUUGGCCAACUUUGGUUGGAGCGUCCCGGGCAUUGUUCAUUGUGAAAGUCUCCAUCUCUCCAUGAGCCGAGAGCGUGACUCGUCCCUCAUUGACGUCGAUAAUGGUGUUGGCCGUCGCCAUAAAGGGUCGCCCAAGCAAAAUCGUGGCAUGAGGUUUAUACCGGCUCCCAAGUCAAGCAUCCCGAUCGUCAUUUUUCCAUUCCCAAAGGUGAUCUUCAUGACAAAGGCUCCCGGGUCACACUCUUUCCGAGGUAUAGUAGUCGAGGCUACCUCGAAAAUCAUUAUCUUCUCAUUAUCCCUGAAUCUCUUCUUCUUGGAGGCCAAAUCCUUGAAAAAUUGCACAUAUGCUGGGACAUUUCGAAUAACCUCCAAGAGAGGGAGAUUGACGUUUGUCGAAAAGAUCUUGAAAUUGACGCUUCUUCUUUGUAUCUUUCAAACGGCUCGGGAAGGGAACCGGUGGUCGGUAAGGCGCGUCCGCUUUAUGCAAAGUCUCACAGGCAUCUUUCUUCGAACUCUCUUUCUCAAUUCUCUCGUCAACAACGACUUUCCCUUUCAAAACCUCAACCUUCUCCCCCGGCUCAUCAUCAUCCUCAUCAACAACAAUUUCAACAACCUUAUUUUCCACGGGUACCUCAACACGAUUAUCGACCUUCUUACCACUUCUCAACACCGUAAUAGCAUUCAAGUGCUCGGGUUGGCUCGAGAGUUUGUCUUUCAUCUUGCUCUUUUGGAUUUCCCCGAUGGAACUCCCGAGUUGCCCCACUUGAGUCUCGAGGCAUUUAAGAGAGUCUUGAAUCGAUGGCACUCCCUUGAUG